UCCACAGUGAGCAGCGGCAACACGCACAACUCGUACGCGCCGAACGGACCCAGCGCCCCGCUGCCGGAGGCAGAUGGCAGCCAGGGUGGCGCCGGUGGCACAGCUGGUGGAUACGGUGGCGGCGGUGCAGGUGGAUAUGGUAAUGGCUUCUCGGCUGGCGGCCAUGGUCUCUAUCCCACGCUCCCCAACAACAACAAUGGUGGCGGUGCUGCUGACUACAAUCCGUAUGGCGGGUACAAUCCACAAGGCGGCUACAAUCCACAGGGUGGCUACAACCCACAGGGCGGCUACCACCCGCAGGGCGGCUACCAGCCCGCUCCUGGCGGUGGCUAUCAGCCGGUGCCCGGCUACACUCCGCCCGCGCCUGGCUAUGACAAUGGUGGCGGUGGCGCCGCCCAGAAGCCCAAGGACAAGCAGGGCGGCGGCUUCUUCUCCAGCUUCUUCUCCAAUCCGGCGGUGAGUCAAGCGGUUUCCGGUAUCAUUGCAGGGCAAAUAGCCAAGCAGCUGCAGGGCGGCGGGGCCAACGGCGGCGCCAGCGCAGGUGGGGCCAACGGCUACCAGCCCAGCGGUGGCUACUCAAGCGGCGGAGGUGGCGGCUCAUCCGGCGGCUCGUCCGGUGGCAGUAAUCUACUUGGCGGCCUCCUUGGCUCUGUGCUCUCUGGCGGCGGUGCCAACGGCAAUGCCGGCGGCGGUGGCGUCGGUGCCAGCAGUUUCCUCGGCAGCCUCCUCAGCGGCGGUGGCACAGGAGGCGCCACCCAUGGCGGCGGCGGCAGCGGCCUCAGCGAGAUUUUCAACUCCAAGAACUUUGGGGGCCUCUUCAGCGAAAACCCAUCCUCGCGCAGUGGCUCCGGCGGCGCUAGCAGCAACGGCGCCAAGGACUACCCCACUCAGCCGCCCAACAGCUACUACGGCUAAGGAUCUACGGACGACGGAGCAUGUGGACCCCAGCUAAUAUAUAUAUCCACGGCUGGCUUGGCCCUACCUUCUAAUAGUUUUCACCACUUUA